UUGUGAUAGAGACUUGUUCUAGUAUUAUUGAAGAUUUAAAAUGCAGAUCUUCGUCAAGACACUUACCGGCAAAACAAUUACAUUAGAAGUUGAGCCUUCUGACACAAUUGAAAAUGUCAAGGCUAAAAUUCAAGAUAAAGAAGGAAUCCCUCCAGACCAACAGAGGUUGAUUUUUGCUGGAAAGCAGCUGGAAGAUGGCCGUACUCUUUCAGAUUACAAUAUUCAAAAAGAAUCCACUUUACAUUUAGUACUUCGUCUGAGAGGAGGCAUGCAAAUUUUUGUUAAAACACUGACCGGAAAAACAAUUACAUUAGAAGUAGAGCCUUCUGACACAAUAGAAAAUGUCAAGGCCAAAAUUCAAGACAAAGAAGGAAUCCCUCCAGACCAACAGAGGUUGAUUUUUGCUGGAAAGCAGCUUGAAGAUGGCCGCACUCUUUCCGAUUAUAACAUUCAGAAGGAAUCCACUUUACAUCUAGUACUUCGUCUGAGAGGAGGCAUGCAAAUUUUUGUUAAAACACUGACCGGAAAAACAAUCACAUUAGAAGUUGAGCCUUCUGACACAAUAGAAAAUGUCAAGGCCAAAAUCCAAGACAAAGAAGGAAUCCCUCCAGACCAACAGAGGUUGAUUUUCGCUGGUAAACAGCUUGAAGAUGGCCGCACUCUUUCAGAUUAUAACAUUCAGAAGGAAUCCACUUUACAUUUAGUUCUUCGUCUGAGAGGAGGAAUGCAAAUUUUUGUUAAAACUCUUACUGGUAAAACAAUCACAUUAGAAGUUGAGCCUUCUGACACAAUCGAAAAUGUCAAGGCCAAAAUCCAAGACAAAGAAGGAAUCCCUCCAGACCAACAGAGGUUGAUUUUCGCUGGUAAACAGCUUGAAGAUGGCCGCACUCUUUCAGAUUAUAACAUUCAGAAGGAAUCCACUUUACAUUUAGUACUUCGUCUGAGAGGAGGAAUGCAAAUUUUUGUUAAAACUCUUACUGGUAAAACAAUCACAUUAGAAGUUGAGCCUUCUGACACGAUCGAAAAUGUAAAGGCUAAAAUUCAAGACAAGGAAGGAAUCCCUCCAGACCAACAGAGGUUGAUUUUUGCUGGAAAGCAGCUGGAAGAUGGCCGUACUCUUUCAGAUUACAAUAUUCAAAAAGAAUCUACUUUACAUUUAGUACUUCGGCUGAGAGGAGGCAUGCAAAUUUUUGUGAAGACCUUGACUGGUAAAACCAUCACCUUGGAAGUGGAGCCAUCUGAUACAAUUGAAAAUGUUAAAGCUAAAAUUCAAGAUAAAGAAGGAAUUCCUCCAGACCAACAGAGGUUGAUUUUUGCAGGUAAACAGCUCGAAGAUGGUCGUACAUUGUCUGACUAUAAUAUUCAAAAGGAAUCUACUCUUCAUCUUGUCCUACGUUUAAGAGGAGGCAUGCAGAUCUUUGUCAAGACACUUACUGGUAAAACAAUCACACUUGAAGUUGAGCCUUCAGACACAAUUGAAAAUGUGAAAGCUAAAAUUCAAGAUAAGGAAGGAAUUCCUCCAGAUCAGCAGAGGUUGAUUUUUGCAGGUAAACAGCUCGAAGAUGGUCGUACUUUGUCUGACUAUAAUAUUCAAAAGGAAUCUACUCUGCAUUUGGUCCUUCGUCUGAGAGGAGGAAUGCAAAUUUUUGUAAAAACCUUGACUGGGAAAACUAUUACAUUAGAAGUGGAACCUUCUGACACUAUUGAAAAUGUUAAAGCUAAAAUUCAAGAUAAGGAAGGAAUUCCACCAGAUCAGCAGCGAUUGAUCUUUGCUGGAAAACAGUUGGAAGAUGGUCGUACUUUAUCUGAUUAUAACAUUCAGAAGGAAUCAACACUACAUUUAGUAUUACGUUUAAGAGGUGGAAUGCAGAUUUUUGUUAAGACGCUGACUGGAAAAACCAUAACUUUAGAAGUUGAACCGUCAGAUACCAUUGAAAAUGUAAAAGCCAAAAUUCAAGAUAAGGAAGGAAUUCCGCCAGAUCAGCAAAGGCUGAUCUUUGCAGGAAAACAGUUAGAAGAUGGGCGUACUCUUUCUGAUUACAACAUCCAAAAGGAAUCUACUUUACAUCUUGUACUAAGACUUCGAGGAGGCAUGCAAAUUUUUGUCAAGACUUUAACAGGGAAGACCAUCACCUUAGAAGUUGAACCAUCUGAUACUAUUGAGAACGUAAAAGCAAAAAUCCAGGACAAAGAAGGAAUUCCACCAGACCAGCAACGUUUGAUCUUUGCUGGAAAACAACUUGAAGAUGGCCGUACCCUUUCAGAUUAUAAUAUUCAAAAAGAGUCUACUCUUCAUCUUGUACUUCGCUUGAGAGGUGGCAUGCAGAUUUUUGUAAAGACUCUAACUGGUAAGACCAUAACCUUGGAAGUUGAGCCUUCAGAUACUAUUGAGAAUGUUAAAGCCAAAAUUCAAGAUAAAGAAGGAAUACCACCAGACCAACAGAGGCUUAUUUUUGCUGGAAAGCAGCUGGAAGAUGGCCGAACUUUGUCUGAUUACAACAUUCAAAAGGAAUCAACACUGCAUUUGGUGCUUCGUCUAAGAGGAGGCAUGCAGAUCUUUGUCAAGACCUUGACAGGUAAAACCAUUACCUUGGAAGUGGAGCCAUCUGAUACAAUUGAGAAUGUAAAAGCCAAAAUUCAGGAUAAAGAAGGAAUUCCUCCAGAUCAGCAGCGUUUGAUCUUUGCUGGAAAACAACUCGAAGAUGGUCGUACCCUUUCAGAUUAUAAUAUCCAGAAGGAAUCUACUCUACAUCUGGUCCUUAGAUUGAGAGGUGGCAUGCAGAUCUUUGUCAAGACUCUUACAGGAAAGACUAUCACCUUAGAAGUUGAGCCAUCUGACACUAUCGAAAAUGUUAAAGCCAAAAUUCAGGACAAAGAGGGAAUUCCUCCUGACCAGCAGCGCUUGAUCUUUGCCGGAAAACAACUUGAAGAUGGCCGUACCCUUUCAGAUUAUAAUAUUCAGAAGGAAUCUACUCUUCAUCUAGUACUUCGAUUAAGAGGUGGAAUGCAGAUCUUUGUCAAGACCCUCACGGGUAAGACUAUCACCUUGGAAGUUGAGCCAUCUGACACUAUUGAAAAUGUAAAAGCCAAAAUUCAGGACAAAGAAGGAAUACCUCCAGAUCAGCAGAGGCUUAUUUUUGCUGGAAAACAAUUAGAGGAUGGUCGUACCCUAUCUGAUUAUAACAUCCAGAAGGAAUCAACUCUGCAUUUAGUGUUGCGUCUUAGGGGCGGAUAUUAA